AUGAAGUCGUCCCUAAAAUGCAUUGUCCCACAUUCCUUUGGUGACCAUGCUAGUUGCAAUGAGUCAUGGUGCAGAUAUAAACAAGAUCCCACCAACUAUAAACACACAUAUCUACCAUAUGGCAAGGACUUGUAUGGCACUGCCUUGAAGUCAGCCCUUGAAAACAACUUCAGCCAGCAUUACAGUGACACCAUGAUUAAAAAACUUGGUCCAGCUGCCAACUCCCAAAGGAACGAAUCAUUUAACAGCACAGUAGGCUCCAAAAACCCCAAGAUCAGGUACUACGGUGGAAGCGAGAGCAAUGACUUUCGGGUGGCUUGUGCGGUGGCUCAGACCAAUGUUGGUUACGGUUAUGUUUGUUGCACAUUCAAAGCAUUAGGAAUAGAUCCUGGAUUGAACUGUACCAAAUACACCUGCAAAAUGGAGAAAAAGAAAAGUAAAGAUAUCGACAGAAAAAAACUCAAUUUUAUUCAAGCAGCGCAGAAAUCAACUUCAUAGCCGAAGAAUCCAAGGCACUGCGAGAAAAGAAAAACAAGAAGGCCCAACCUAUGAAUCAGGUAUUGGUAUGAACUUGGAACAGUCAGAGUCUGGGGCUACUAUAACUGGAAGUGAAUCGAUCACAGGGCUACUUCAGUUAAUCAAGGGAAAUGUACCAAAGGAAACAAUAACUGUUUAUGAAGGAACAAUCUCCCCAUUCACCCCAAGGCCAAUUUGUCCGAAUAAUGAAUUUGACAGUAACUUAGAGUACAAUAUUAUUGUGUUUGAUGUCGAGACAAACACAACAGGUAAAGCUGCCCAGUUGUGCCAGCUUUCAGCUGUUGAUAAGACCGGCCAAAAGUGUUUUUCCGAGUAUAUUUUGCCUGACAAAGACAUCGACAAAUAUGCCACACGGGUAAAUAAACUGACAGUAAAAUUAGUUGGUGGCAAACGAACACUUUUUAAAGAUGAUGUAGCUUUAAAAACACUUACCUGUCAAGAUGCAACUUCUCGAUUUGUCAACUAUAUUCACAGCUGCAUCGAAUCCAGCAAGGCUAGGACGAACAAAGGUGUAUGUGCAGUUCUAAUCGGCUAUAAUGCAAGGCGUUUCGACAUCCCGAUAUUGCUUCGUAACAGUGCCAGUGAAAUUCACGCCAAAAUGCAAGCUUUAGGGAUUUGUUUUGGCGACAGUCUUCCAUUGUUCGAGCACCUGAUAAAGAUCAAACAUCCAGCGUUAACCCAAUCAAAUGGUCGAAGAUGUUCGUCAAACAAGUCGUCGAUCUACGAGGGUUUAUUCAACGAGAAAUUUGCUGCACACGAUGUCGAGUCGAUUUUUUUUCACGUUCGCGCCUGGUCGGCUGGUCGCGCCGAAUUUAGGGGCGAAUUUCUCGUGUUUCCUUCGGUGAAUUUUUUUAAACUUUGUAUUUUUGUUGUAAAAGACAAGUGGUAAAACAUAUCCAAAUUUCAAGAAAUUCUACAAAUAAUUUUUUCUGUAACACUUAUUCAUGAAUAUCUCGAAAACUUAUUUAUAAAUUUCCUUUAAAUUUUGAUAUGUUACUCCUUUGUAGACUUAUAAAUGGUAAAAAAAAAUUCAGAAAAAUUAACCGAAGGAAAAUAAAAAUAUUGUCGAUUUAUUGCGAAAUUUGACAAUAAAAGCGCAAAAGAUAACAUGACAUAGUUUCCAUGGCAACACUAAACACUGUUCCUACUUGUCCAUAUAUGGACAGUACAAAGCUUCUUAACUUCCCUGAAAAUGAUCAUAUUGCCCUACCUUAAAUGUAUUCAAUAUAAACAUGGUCGGACGCGAAUGUUACCUAAAAUAUCUCAAAUUUUAGAAAACUGUAGGGAGCCACCUUAAACCUUUCUUUUGUAAAAUGUAACCGUUGUAAUUCAGCCUCUUGGCUGCAAGAUCGGGUUUUUUUUUUAAUAAAUUGUAAUUGUAUCAAGAACAACCUUACCUUUAAUUUGCCCAGUGUGCAUGUUGCAGCGUCCCGUUCAGAUUUUCUGUACGUGUACACUCUUUUUCUUUUGGAGGGCACAAACCUCCUAACUUACAAUUUUCAACAAUUACUUGACAAGGGACCAUUAACCAAUGAGAUGCCCACAGAGAUAGCGGUGGUCAAAUCUGAACUUCUCUUUUAAAUAGUUUGCUUGUCCAGUAAAUUCUACCAUUAUUUACCAUUUUGUUAUUCUUUUAAGUUAACUUCAAAGUCAACCAUGAAGGAGGGCAACAUUAAAUCUUUUGGCAUGGUCUCGGUUCUGUGAGGCCUGCAAGAAAACCAGCUUUCGUGAAUUCACGCAUAUGCUACACGCCGUUCAAUUUUCCCCGAGCCGGCGGCGCGAAGCGCC